UCAUUCCCGCGGAUUUCAACUUAGAACCACUCGUUUUAUUUCUCUUUCUGUCAUCUUCCCAAAAUUUCGUUGCCUUCUUUCCUUUCACUUUCAGAAAACAAAAAUGGUCCUUCUUUCACUACAUUUGAAUCACACUUCUCUCCUCAAAAACCCCAAUCUCAUUUCACACUCAAACCGCCACUUACCUCUUCAGUUCCUUGCACCUUCUCUUCUCAAGAACACGGCCAUCAAUUCAACAUACCAAUGCAUUACAUCCCCGAAACACCGUCGAUUCAGGAUCAUAACAGCUUGUGUAGCUCAAAACCAUGACAUCAUAGAUGAAUCCGAAGACAGAGACCAAAUCAGCAAGACUUCUCAAGAAGAAGAAGUGGAGGAACUGGUUGAGCAGAGUUUAUGGAUUCAAAUGAAGGAGAUUGUUUUGUUUACUGGACCUGCAAUUGGACUUUGGUUAUGUGGACCGUUGAUGAGUCUAAUUGAUACUGCGGUUGUUGGUCAAGGAAGUUCAAUAGAGCUAGCUGCUUUAGGUCCUGCUACUGUAUUUUGCGAUUACUUGAGCUACUCGUUCAUGUUUUUGUCGAUUGCUACUUCAAAUAUGGUUGCUACUGCCCUUGCUAGACGGGAUAGGGAGGAAGUGCAGCAUCACAUAUCUGUCUUGCUUUUUGUUGGGUUAACAUGUGGUUUGGUGAUGCUUGUGUUCACAAGGUUAUUUGGUGCAACAACGAUCACAGCUUUUACUGGACCAAAGAAUGUACAUAUAGUACCUGCAGCUAAUACUUAUGUCCAGAUUCGAGGGUUGGCAUGGCCAUUUUUACUUGUUGGAUCGGUUGCUCAAAGUGCAAGUCUUGGUAUGAAAGAUUCUUGGGGACCCUUGAAGGCUUUGGCUGCUGCCAGUAUUAUAAAUGGAAUUGGUGAUAUAAUUCUGUGCCGAUACUACAGCUAUGGGAUUGCUGGGGCUGCAUGCGCUACAUUAGCAUCACAAGUUGUUGCUGCCUAUAUGAUGAGCCAAACUCUAAAUGAGAAGGGAUACAAUGCCUUUUCCUUCUCUAUUCCUUCGGGGAAGGAAUUUCUGUCAAUAUUUAGUCUUGCUGCUCCUGUAUUUGUGUCAUUGAUGUUAAAGGUGGCUUUCUACUCUCUACUUAUAUAUUUUGCCACAUCAAUGGGUACACAUAAAAUAGCCGCUCAUCAAGUCAUGCUUCAGAUCUACAUGUUAUGCGCAAUAUGCGGUGAACCUCUCUCUCAAACUGCUCAAUCAUUUAUGCCUGAGAUGAUGUAUGGAGUGAAUCGGAGUUUGGCAAAGGCUCGGACGCUUCUAAGGUCUAUUUUAACUAUUGGAGCUGUAUUUGGGUUGCUUUUUGGGAUUGUUGCAACAUCUGUUCCUUGGUUAUUCCCCUACAUUUUUACACCUGAUCAGAUGGUCAUCCAUGAGAUGCAUAGGAUUCUGAUUCCGUUCUUUUUAGCGCUCUUGGUGACACCUGCAACUGUCGGCCUGGAGGGAACAUUGCUGGCUGGACGGGAUCUAAGAUUUUUAAGUUUGUCAAUGAGUGGAUGCUUUUGCUUGAAUGCUCUAGUAUUAUUGAUCCUUUGUAGUAGAUAUGGUUUGCAAGGCUGUUGGUUUUCCCUUGCUGGGUUUCAAUGGGCUCGGUUUUUAGCAGCCCUUCUACGCCUUCUAUCUCCCAAUGGCAUUUUAUACUCGGAAGAUAUAAGCCAGAAUGAGGUGCAAGAGUUGAAGACUGCAUAGUUUUGGAGCUCCAUUUUAAUUCUUAGUUCAUGAUACAUUAUACAAAUAUAGAAGCAUGGGUCUGCUGCUUGCAAAUCUUGUUAAAUAUAUUACAAAAUAGGCACUCAUUUCAAUGUCGAUACAAUUCAAGUGCAGGGAAACUACUGAUGCUGAGUUGUAUUGGAAACCACCAUCUUGAACAUAUCAUCUUUGUGAUCAAGGGACUGAGGUAAAGGUAAUUGGAAAACUAGUUAUUGAUUUUGUAAGAUUGAAUACGUUCAUGAAAUUAUAAACAUUUUGUAAGAUA